AUGACAGUGCCGUCAACACUCUCGAUCGUUUUCGACGAGUUUAACUAUGAGCGAGCCAAGGAGUACGCACUUUCUUUGGAGGGUUUCUCUCUUAAGUUAGCCGUUGUUUAUAUUGCUGUCAUUUUUUCUACUAAGUACUAUAUGAAGAACAGGAAGCCAUUCGACUUGCAAGGUCCUCUCAACAUCUGGAACGGUAUUUUGGCUACUUUCUCUCUUCUGGGUUUCCUCUUCACGUUUCCAAAAUUCCUGAGCGUAGUCGCUGACAAAGGAUUAGGACAUGUUCAUUUGCAUAUUAGUGAACUCCAUACUGAUAAAUCAUGUGGAUACUGGGUACUUCUUUGGGUUUUAUCUAAAAUUCCGGAAUUGGUUGAUACCGUUUUCAUCGUACUCCGUAAAAAGCCUCUUAUGUUCAUGCACUGGUAUCAUCACGCUUUAACUGGAUACUAUGCCCUCGUAUGCUAUCAUGAGGAGAACGCUCAUAUGUUCUGGGUAGUUUGGAUGAACUAUCUUAUCCACGCCUUCAUGUAUUCGUACUACCUCGCCAAAUCCCUGAAAAUUAAAGUUCCAGCUCUAUUAGCUCAAAUUAUUACCACAGGUCAGAUGGUUCAGUUUGCUAUUGCCAUUGCUGCUCAAUUGCAUGUAGGAAUUCUCAGCCUAAUGUCGGCUGAAAAGUAUGCUGUCACUUUCAAGGGAUGGUUCAUUGGAGUGUUCAUGCUUGUCACUUACUUCGGUCUAUGGAUACAAUUUUACAAAGAGUCAUACAUCAACAACGGUGGUAAGAAAUACAUCAAAGCUGCAGGAAAAGCUCAAUAA